AUGCCUCCUCGUCCCUCUGAAAGCUCAGAUGCGUCUCUAUUCGAGGAGGAUUUCACCCUGCCGAUAUCUCUCGCAACAACGAUGCUGAAAUCGCACUCUCGCGGCCCACCUACCGUUGCUGAACAGCUCUCCGCACCUCUGGACAUUAUGCAGUAUAUCGCGACUCUGCUUACAACAGGCGACCCAGAUAGCACUCCUGGUGAGACGAAAGGAAGUCGUGUAGUCGCGGUAACUGGACGCGCCUCUGCAGACAGCAUCGAAGCUCUUGCUGUGGCGACCCGGCACCCCUAUCCGACCCAAAAUUUCCCUGUGAUGGACGACAUUUCAGACGAGGACGUCGACUCGACCCUCAGGGCCGUAAAGGAGUGGCAGGGCGAAACCCCAAGGCCAAGCUUCGAGGAGUACUCAAAGACCGUCUUUGCCAUGCUCAAUUACUUUCGCGCCAACAAGCGUGCCCCUUCUACCGAUUUCUUGAGAUACGUUAUACGCCAAUGCUACCCAAAAAUUGUCUCGCGAAUGCAGCUGGCUAAUGUCGUCUGGGAGGAGCCUCCACUGACUGUGAUUGAAAAUUACUUCAAGGGCGAUUACUCAUUUAAUCCAAGCAAACCCUUCCCCUGGAAGCUCCGCAUCCGCAAAGGCGACAGUUUCAUGGUCGACCGCCUCGAGCUCUGUCGGUCCGAGCUCGAUGCCCGAACUGCCACUUAUGAAGUCAACGCGAACAAUGUGGUAGAUUGGGUCAACGAACUCGUCGCGAUUUACAACGAUUUUACCAAAUACCUCUCUGAACCUGAUGAGAGAGGUACCAUGAAGGCGAAGCCAGCCCUUACGCGCGAGCUCGCAGAUGCAGCGCUUCUCGACAUGCUGUCCCUGGAUGCGGUGAUGAUCCGCAUGGGCUUUCUCGAGCAUUUACUUUCGGACAGAGAGCCAGCGAAUGAAUUGGCCCGCAAGUCGGUGACUUAUUCUGGUACAGCGGACGAACAAUCCGACGAAGAGGAAUUCAAUGAAGAGGACCGGCCGGAGGAAGAUGAAGAUGAGUCAGACGGGAAGGACGGGGCGAGGGGAGGACACCCCUCAUCACGUCGUGCGGUUCUACAAGUCUGUAUUUGCUUGGGUGACGGCCGUCCGCUACGCCACCCGCUACGAGCUGCCCAUCCACUGAGAGCAUAUCUCAUCACGAUGCCGAGUCCAGGUAUUGGCGUUAACAUUGGGAAGGCUCGUGUCCAGUCUGCGAAGACGUCGCUCUUCGAGAGUGUCCCUGCGAAAGUCCGUCCUUCGAAGAGGAUGUUGGCGGAGAAGUGGCUGGAGGACCGAUACUCGACGUGUUUCCGUUCUAGCGAGUCGGAGUACGAUGGUGGCAGUGGUAUGCCGGGACUGCACGCUGAAGCAGCGUUGAUGGCUUUGUCUUGCUACUUCAAGGAUCCCGGCGUGACGGUAGACUCGGCCACCCGAACGUGGGGGCUCACUCCUGCACAGUGUCGUAUACUAUUCCGAGUGUUUUCGCCGCCGAAUCCAACUGUGAUUGGCGUUGGCACGAGGUGCUGCUGGUGCUGCUGGAGACUUAAAACCUUGCUCAACGACAGAAAGGGUCCUGCGUCAGGGUCAGGGAACGAAGAGGUGGUUAUGCUCGGCACUCAUGCCACGAUAGAUCCUUGGUGCCCACCACAAAUCGGUAUUCCGCUCGACAUUCUCCGAAAGUUGGAAAACGAACUGGAGGGAAUGCUUGUGGACGCUGCGGAAAGAAACCUCAGAGUGGGACGGCGGAGCUCGAGUCGGUCGCCUGGUGGUUCUUCUGGGAGAGACAGCCCGGUUCCGCAGUGGGACUAUGAUCCGGAGUUGGACACGAAGCAGGGAUAG